ACAGAGGUGAGAAGAACAAACAAUGGCAGCAGCUCCAACACAGCAACAUCAUUCCUACAUGCUUGGAUUUAUGAUAUGAAUCUUGCGACCUCUCUGCGAGAUUUGGACUCCUUGAUUUCAGUUUUGUUUUCGUAAUUCCAGCGUUUGGUUUCAGCAAUGGAGGCAUUGGUUGAGCUCUGUGACUUGAUUGCCAAGAACCCGAACCAAUUCGCCGAUAAGCUUGCCUGGAUUUGUGCGAGUUGCCCGCAGCCGGAAUCGUUGCUCGUCGGAUCUCCUAGGGUUUCGCGUUCCCAGCUCAAUGCGGUGCUCGCUGUGGCGCGGUUUCUCUCCAAGUGCCCUGAUUCGACGGAUAACCGUGUGAAAUCUGUGGUGCUGGAGUUCCUCCGUGCGGUUCCGUCGUCGUUUCGGCAGUCUUUCUGGCCGCAGUCGUACGGCAUCGAAGCGAUCGCGGCGUUUUAUGUUUAUUUCUUCGGGUACGUGUCGUCGUGCGGGGAAAUGUCGCCAGAUUUUGCCACGGAGAUUGCAGGGGUUAUGGGGGAGGUGAUUAUAGUCGGGAUUAAUGACAGUGAUGCUAAUGGAAAUGAUUUGGCGAUUACGAGGGCGUUCUUGUCGGCCUUGUCGCAGAAUUUUCCUCCAAUUUUGUUGUCAGAUGCUGAGAAAUUGAUAACCUGCCUUCUUGAUCAAUUGCCAAUGUCAGUACCGGUAUCUCCAAGGGAACAAAUUCUGGUGAAUUCUGGGACGUCUUCAUCUCAGAGCUCGCCGUUGAGCGUGAAUUUACAGGGCAAUGAGGGUGCAAGCCCUGCCAAUGAGACCUCAAGAGGGUCUGCGGUGGCUAAUGGAGGGAGCCUUCAUUGGAAGAGUGGGGUUGAUCAGUUAGGUAAUGUGAAUCUUGGAUUCAAUGAUGGAGGUGCUGCUAUGUUUAAGCAACAGGUCGCUUUGUUUGAGGAAGAGUCUGUGGAGAGCUUGGAGAAGCAAGAGGUUGCUUUCAAAUUGAUUGCUCAUAUUUUGCACACAGUGCACAUUGAUCAAAAGCUUCUGGAGCAAGUGAGGUUAAUUGCCAAGAAGCAGCUUCAGUCUAUGUCUGCUUUUCUCAAGAUAAAGAAGCGGGACUGGAAUGAUCAAGGCUCGCUUUUAAAAGCCAGAAUCAAUGCAAAACUAUCACUUUAUCAAGCUGCUGCUAGGAUGAAAAUUCAGAGUAUUGCAUCUCUUGACUCAGAUGGUAAAACUUCAAAGAGGUUGGUUCUUGAGACUCUUGCCUUGCUGAUAGAUGCUGCAGAAUCCUGUUUGCUCUCUGUGUGGAGAAAAUUGAGGGUUUGUGAGGAGCUGUUCAGUUGCCUACUUUCUGGCAUUACACAAAUUGCUACCACCAGGGGAGGACAGCCUCUGCGCGUUUUGCUCAUUCGUCUCAAACCCCUUGUGCUGACAGCAUGUGUGCAGGCUGAUACCUUGGGCAGCAGCCAGGGGGCCAUGUAUGAGAGUGUCCUGAAAACGUGUUGUCAGAUUAUUGAAUCAGGCUGGGCCAAGGACCGAGCUCCUGUGGAUACGUUUAUCCUUGGAUUAUCUACAAGUAUUCGUGAGAGAAAUGAUUUCGACGAGCAGGUUGAUAAAGAGAAGCAGGCAGUUCCUGCUGUGCAACUUAAUGUAAUAAGGCUGUUAGCUGAUUUAAAUGUAGCUAUCUGCAAGCCUGAAGUAUUGGACGUGAUAUUGCCACUUUUUAUUGAGAUCUUAGAGGAGGGUAAUGCUGCAACUCCUGGUCUACUGCGAAUCCGACUUCUUGAUGCCGUAUCUCGCAUGGCAAGUUUAGGCUUUGAGAAGUCAUAUCGCGAGACUGUUGUUCUGCUGACAAGAAGUUAUUUGAGUAAAUUGUCAAGUGUUGGUUCUGCCGAAAGUAAAACUUUGCCACCAGAAGCCACUACAGAACGUGUUGAGACUCUUCCUGCAGGAUUUCUGUUGAUUGCCACUGGCCUCAAGAGUGCAAAGCUGCGUUCAGAUUAUCGUCAUCGUUUGUUAUCUCUGUGUUCUGAUGUAGGCCUGGCUGCUGAGUCCCAGAGUGGAAGGAGUGGAGCUGAUUUUCUGGGCCCUUUACUUCCUGCUGUUGCAGAAAUAUGUUCUGAUUUUGAUCCUACAACAGAUAUUGAACCAUCACUACUAAAGUUAUUUCGCAACUUAUGGUUCUAUAUUGCCCUUUUUGGAUUAGCACCUCCCAUACAGAAGGUUCAAACACAGGCAAAAUCGGUUUCCACUUCAUUGAACAGUGUAGGAGGAAGCAUAAGUGAUGUUGCCCUUCAAGCAGUUGGUGGGCCAUAUAUGUGGAAUACACUGUGGUCUUCUGCUGUCCAAAAUAUUGCUCAAGGCACUCCUCCCCUCGUUGUUAGCUCCGUAAAAUGGCUUGAAGAUGAGUUGGAACUGAAUGCACUUCACAAUCCUGGCAGUCGUCGAGGGAGUGGCAACGAAAAGGCAGCUGUCAACCAGAGGGUGGCUCUUUCUGCUGCUUUAGGUGGGCGGGUUGAUGUUGCUGCAAUGAACACAAUUUCAGGUGUCAAGGCAACCUAUCUUCUUGCCGUAGCUUUCUUAGAGAUAAUUCGUUUCAGCAGUAAUGGUGGCAUCCUUAAUGGUGGCACUUCUGUGAGUGCUUCCAGAAGUGCCUUUAGUUGUGUCUUUGAAUACUUGAAAACUCCAAAUCUUAUGCCAGCUGUCUUUCAGUGUUUGAAAGCAAUUGUGCACAGGGCAUUUGAAGCAGCAGUUUCCUGGCUGGAGGACCGAAUAACUGAAACAGGUGACGAUGCUGAGACCAGAGAAUCAACUCUUUUUGCACAUGCUUGUUUUCUUAUCAAAAGUAUGUCACAGAGGGACGAAUGCAUCCGGGAUAUUACUGUGAACCUGUUGAUUCGGUUUAGAGAUAAAUUCCCUCAGGUUUUAUGGAAUUCAUCUUGUUUUGACUCCUUGCUCUUUUCUGUUCAUGACGAUACACUGACUACCACUGUUGUAAGUGAUCCUGCUUGGGCAUCAACAGUUCGCUCUUUAUACCAAAAAAUUGUUCGGGAAUGGAUUGUCUUGUCGCUUUCAUAUGCUCCAUGCACUACCCAGGGUCUGCUCCAGGAAAAGCUUUGUAAAGCAAACACAUGGCAAAAGGCACAGCAUACAACUGAUGUGGUCUCCCUUUUAACUGAGAUAAGGAUUGGUACUGGUAAAAAUGAUUGUUGGUCUGGUAUACGAACGGCAAAUAUUCCUGCAGUCAUGGCUGCAGCAGCUGCAGCAUCUGGGGCAAAUCUAAAAGUAUUAGAAGCAUUCAAUUUUGAGGUCCUGAAUACAGGAGUAAUCAGUGCUACAGUUAAGUGCAACCAUGCUGGAGAAAUUGCUGGCAUGAGAAGGCUUUAUAAUAGCAUUGGUGGCUUUCAGCCUGGUGCUGCACAAACAGGUUUUGGAGGUGGUCUUCAAAGGUUGAUCUCUGGAGCAUUUUCUCAAAAGCUGCAAACUGAGGAUGAUUCUUUUAAUGGGAUGUUACUUUCCAAGUUUGUUCAUCUCCUUCAACAAUUUGUUAACGUUGCAGAGAAAGGUGGGGAGGUGGAUAAGUCGCAAUUCCGUGGAACUUGUUCUCAGGCAACUGCACUGCUCUUGUCAAAUCUGGCUACUGAUACAAAAGCAAAUAUAGAGGGCUUCUCACAACUUUUACGUCUUCUUUGCUGGUGUCCGGCUUAUAUAUCUACACCUGAUGCAAUGGAAACUGGUAUCUUCAUUUGGACUUGGUUGGUUUCUGCUGCCCCACAACUUGGGUCCCUUGUCCUUGCCGAGCUUGUUGAUGCAUGGUUAUGGACAAUUGAUACAAAAAGAGGUCUUUUUGCAUCUGAUGUGAAGCACUCUGGGCCUGCAGCAAAAUUAAGACCUCACUUGGCCCCUGGGGAACCAGAGACGCCACCUGAUAUUGAUCCUGUUGAGCAGAUAAUGGCUCAUAGAUUGUGGCUGGGGUUUUUUAUUGAUCGCUUCGAGGUAGUUCGGCACAAUAGUGUUGAGCAACUCUUGCUACUUGGUCGGAUGUUACAAGGAACAACAACACUACCCUGGAACUUUUCACAUCAUCCUGCAGCCACUGGUACCUUUUUCACCUUUAUGCUUCUUGGGCUUAAGUUCUGCUCAUGCCAAUCCCAAGGCAAUUUGCAGAAUUUUAGAACUGGGCUUCAGCUGUUGGAAGAUCGAAUUUACAGGGCCUCUUUGGGCUGGUUUGCUUACGAGCCUGAAUGGUAUGAAAUGAACAGUAUGAAUUUUGCUCAAAGCGAGGCUCAGUCUGUCUCUGUUUUUGUUCACUUUCUUUCAAAUGAGAUGGUAGACUCACUUCAAUCUGAUCCAAAAGGAUGUCCACGGGAGAAUGGGAGUUCCUUGGUUGAUGCGAAUGAUCACUAUCACCCUGUGUGGGGCCAGAUGGAACACUAUGCUUUGGGAAGAGAAAAACGGAGGCAGCUACUUAUAAUGCUUUGCCAGCAUGAAGCAGAUAGGCUUGAAGUUUGGGCACAACCUACCAACUUGAAGGAAAGUGUGUCUUCUCGGCCUAAAAUUAGCUCAGAGAAAUGGAUAGAAUAUGUUAGGACUGCCUUUGCAGUUGAUCCCUGUAUUGCUUUUUCCUUGGCCUCAAGAUUCCCAGCAAACUCUUAUUUGAAGGCUGAACUAACACAGCUGGUUCAGUCAAAUAUAUUGCGUAUCCGUUGUAUACCUCAGGCAUUGCCAUAUUUUGUCACCCCAAAAGCUGUUGAUGAAAAUUCAGUUCUUCUGCAACAAUUGCCUCACUGGGCUGCAUGCUCGAUCACACAAGCUCUUGAAUUCCUUACUCCUUCGUAUAAGGGGCAUCCACGUGUCAUGGCUUAUGUUUUGAGGGUUUUGGAAUCCUAUCCUCCUGAACAAGUAACCUUCUUCAUGCCACAGCUUGUGCAAGCUCUGCGUUAUGAUGACGAGAGGUUAGUGGAGGGAUAUUUGCUUAGAGCAGCUCAAAGAAGCGACUUGUUUGCCCAUAUUCUGAUAUGGCAUCUACAGGGUGAGGAAGCUGAAUCAGAACCAGCACCAGCACCAGGGAAAGAUGCUUCAACUGGAAAGAAUAGUCAGUUUCAAGAACUAUUACCAAAGGUCCGGCAACGUAUUAUUGAUAGUUUCACUCCCAUGGCCCUUGAUGUGUUCCGAAGAGAAUUUGACUUCUUCGACAAAGUUACAUCUAUUUCUGGCGUUCUCUAUCCAGUUCCAAAGGAGGAACGUCGAGCUGGCAUCAGGAGGGAGUUGGAGAAAAUACAAAUGGAGGGAGAUGAUCUUUAUUUACCAACUGCUCCUAAUAAACUCGUUCGGGGUAUUCAGGUGGAUAGUGGAAUACCCCUACAAUCAGCUGCUAAAGUUCCUAUCAUGAUCACAUUUAAUGUGGUUGAUAAAGAUGGUGACCCUAAUGACAUAAAGCCUCAAGCUUGCAUUUUCAAGGUUGGAGAUGAUUGCCGACAAGAUGUUCUUGCUCUUCAAGUAAUAGCACUUUUGAGAGACAUAUUUGAAGCAAUCGGACUUAAUCUCUACUUGUUACCCUAUGGUGUUCUACCAACUGGUCUAGAGAGAGGUAUAAUUGAGGUUGUACCUAAUACAAGAAGCAGAACUCAGAUGGGUGAAACAAAUGAUGGUGGUUUGUAUGAAAUUUUUCAACAAGAGUAUGGACCUGUUGGCUCUCCUAGUUUUGAAGCUGCACGUGAAAAUUUUAUAAUUAGCAGUGCUGGGUAUGCAGUGGCCAGCCUUCUACUUCAACCAAAGGACAGACAUAAUGGCAAUCUUCUUUUUGACAGUGCGGGGAGGCUUGUUCACAUUGAUUUUGGUUUCAUCUUUGAAAUUUCACCUGGUGGAAAUUUGCGGUUUGAGAGCGCACACUUCAAGUUGAGCCAUGAGAUGACUCAAUUACUUGACCCAUCAGGUGUUAUGAAGAGUGAUACCUGGAACCAGUUUGUCAGCUUAUGCGUGAAGGGAUACCUUGCUGCCCGCCGUCACAUGAACGGAAUCAUCAAUACGGUUUUGCUGAUGCUUGACAGUGGAUUGCCUUGCUUCAGCAGGGGUGAUCCUAUGGGAAAUCUUCGGAAGAGAUUCCAUCCUGAGAUGAGUGAGCGUGAGGCUGCCAAUUUCAUGAUCCGGGUCUGCACGGAUGCAUACAACAAGUGGACAACUGCCGGCUAUGACUUGAUACAGUAUCUUCAGCAAGGCAUCGAGAAGUAGAAGAGAAUCCAGGAAAGCUCAUUUCAAGUGUACACUUUUGUAUGUAAUUCUCUCUUCUUCCUCUAUUAUUUUUUUAUUUUUUUUUAUCUAGUCGCAAUUUUUCCUUGGGAAUUCUAGAAACGGGAAUCGUGUAGUCAAUAUUGAGGAGGAUCGAGUAAAAUUAAGAGUUGUUUGUUGUACCCAAGCUGUGGAAUUCUUCAUUACUUCUGUUAAAAUGCAGUUUGUAAUUCCCAUUUUAUUAAUGAUGUAUUCAGCAUCUUAGAACGGAUGGAGAACGACACAAACCAUGUAUCAACUUGUUUUAUCCUAUCAACGAAGGGUUGGAUCAAGUGGCAAGCGGUUUGUUCUAACUUAAGCAAGAUCUCGAGUUCGAGACCUUGUGUACGCAGCAAUCUUCGUU